UACAUAUGUGGUAAAUCACGUGUGUAUAUAUAUGUAUAUAUAAGUAUACGUCUACUAUCAUCUAAAUGGUCUUGAAAUACAAUUAAAGCGACUCUUAGAUAUUUUUAUUUCAAAUAAUUAAAAAAUUUUAGUAUAAAAUUCUAUUAACAUUAUUUUUUAUCUUCGUUAUGGUUAAAGAAAAAGAUAGAAAUACUACUUUAACAAAUCAACCCUCUAAAUUGCUACUUAUCGGAAUUUUAAUAAGUGGAUUUAUCUGCAGUGCGAGAACAGAGUGUUCCGAUAUAGCUCGAAUAGCUAUCAUAAUGAAUCUUAAUAGUGAUUUCUGUAAAGAAUCUUUGCUAGAACGUGAAUUUUCAUCCAAUUCAGAGGAAUAUUCCAUUUAUAAAUCCAAUCAUACAAUAAGUGACAGAUAUAUUGAAAUUAUGUUUUUAGAUACUUGUGGCAGUACAGAAGAAUCGAUUCGACUGGUUUUCAAAGUUAUUUCGUGGUUUAGUUUGAAUUGUCUUAGAGCACCUUACUUUUUAGUGAAAUUUAUUUGGACCUCCGGGGACUUUCAUCUACCUGUAAACUCGCAAAACCAGAAAAAAGGAUUUAUUGGUCCAGAAGACAUUCAAAGCCUUGAAGCUUCAGUAAAAAUAACCGCACCUCUACAAAUUCCGUAUAUUACAAAAUUUUCUACAUCACUUCCACAUGUACAUUACCUCACUCCACAGGAAGAUCUUCCACUUCUUCAGAUAGUGAUCGAACUGAUUAAUGACUUGAAAUGGAAAUCAUUUGUCUUUGAAGCAAAUACUCACAGUUUAUUUCAAAAGCUAUUUGUGCAGCAAUUUCUUGAAAAAUCUUUCUUGAAGAAUUUAUGCAUAUUGCCGUCGUCAGAAAUAUCAGCACCUAUUGUUUAUAUUGGUGAUAUUAAUAGUUAUUAUUUAAAUUCAGUAAAUAACUCAACUAUCCUUGUCGUAGGUGGACACAAUAUUGAACAAAAAUUAGUGCACAUUCAUUCAACAAAUCUUCUUUUAUUUUUAACUGAUACGAGGAAAGAGCAAACGUUCUCAGCUAACACUGAUUCCUUAAAUUAUCCACAUAAUGGCUCAAACAUCGCUAUGAAUAAGUCAAAUUUUAUAUUUAAUGCUGUCAAUGUCUACUCAAAGGCACUUCGACACUUGUGCAAAAGUGAAAGUUGUUAUUCAGCAAUAGAAACUGGAAAGUGGAAUGACUACAUAGUUCGUGCACUAUCUACAGAAAAAAUUAAGGAGUCCUAUGAAUACAUCCUAAAAAUAAAAGAUAAAAAUAAAGACAUACAAGUUAUAGGUCGAUUGUCGAAUAAUAACAACAAAUACGAAGUAGAAUGGGGUAUUCGUUCACCAACAAUUUUAUCCCAAUCAAAUAAUUUUUUAGAUAGUAUCUUGGAUAGAUUGAGAAAAAAAUUAGACGAUAAAAAGAAGGCGAUUUGCAUGACUUCCACUGAAGUUUAUAAACAAAUCAACCUAAUCAAUAAAAAUGAGAAAAAUAUAAUGGUGAAAUCAGAAUUGACUGCUGCAGAAUGGUGGACAAUGGUUGGUACUGUGGUUGGAGUCGGGAUUGCAAUGUUUACUGUUGGUUUCUUUGCAGUUUAUAUAGUUUAUACAAAUAUUCGAGCACCACAGUUGAAACGAUCUUCUGAAAAAUUAGGUUUUGAACGAGAUUCCAGUCUUAGACGAGUAGGAAGUGAUAAAGAAAUAAGGUCAUUUAACACUAAUGGAAAUCAUCGUUUAACAAGUGCAGUUCAAAGAAGAGAUAGCAAAACCAGUAUUAGAAGUAACAUUUCUGAUAAAAGCGUAUAGAAAUUAUUUAGAUUUAAAAAUUAAGUAGUCAAUUCAAAUGAAAUAUAGUGUGAAUUUUGAAGACAAUCGCUUCUUUUUAUGUUAAUACAUUACUCUGUAAAAAUAUGUUAUUCACGAAUAAAUUUAUUGAAA